AUGUCUUCGACCGCAGGUCGCUCGUCAGCGGCAUCAUCAAAGGCCUCCGCACCAUGCUCACAGUGUCCAACUGCCCAGGUCGAGUUUGGAGGUCAGAAGGUCGAUGUACCCAAAGGCGGUUACUACGACCGUUACCGCAUGAACCCAAACCUGGACGAGGUAGCCCGCGAUCCGGCCGUCGGACCGGACAUCGACUUCUUCUGGAAGAUACCAAAGAAGCUGGUCAAUUCAAGGGUCGGCCAGGUAUACGCUCCAAACUUCUAUUAUCGCACCAGGAGCAUCCAACUCCUCUUCCUCGCGCCUCUCGACCGCUUGCAGUCUAAGCUCCCGUCACCCUUGGAGCCUAUCGCAGCGUUUCCCGGUUACGGCUUGGUGGCGUUGACAUUUUACUCGUACCUCGUCUGUGACAACGAUCCUUACAACGAGGUCUCCAUUGCCGUCAUCGUCCGUCAACCGGGUAAAGAUAGUUACAGCACGACCCAACUGCUCAGCUCCAUAUGGAACCGGACCUUCUACGGAUACGUGUUGGCGCUACCCGUCAAUACCGAGAUCGCUCGAGUACGAGGUGUAUUAUUAUUAUUAUUAUUUAAUCAAGUUUAUUGUCCAUACCGAGCCCUAGAGCUAUGA